UCUGAAAAUAAUCUCUUUGUUUCGCAGAAUCUAACUACAUACAAAAACAAGGAACAGACCGAAUAAGGCUAUAGCAAAAGAGACAGAGAUGGAGUCGAAGAUAAGGAUUGGCGGAGCCGUAUGGUCCUUCAGAUGAAGAUUUCUGAAUGAACUACUCUUUGAAAGAAGUCAUCAAAUUAGCAAGAAGAACCUUCAAAGCAUAUGUAAUUGAAACUAACAAACAUACAGUACAAAGUCUGAGGAUAAUUAAAUGCUUAUUCUAAAACCCCACCAGGAACCAGGUGCAAGUAUGUUCUCUGUGAAGUUGUUGCUCUAUUAAAUGUUGGAAGUACCUACACAAACAUAUGCAAGUAGAAUAUGUCUACUCACUGUCGAGCUACAAAUUUUAUCUCAUUUAUAUGUGCAAAUCAGAUAAUAUCACACGAAUUACCUUUCUACACCAAACUUGGUAAGUUCAUAGUUUUCAUGUCCGUGGCUUCAAUUAUUGGAAAACAAAAACUUGCAUUCUUUGAUUGUGCUUCAUUCCUUUUAAUUUGAUUAUGACAGUAAGUUUAUGUUCUUGCAGUUUCACGAUGGACCAGUCGGUCCUUUUAAUUUGAUUAUGACAGUAAGUUUAUGUUCUUGCAGUUUCACGAUAUGACCAGUCAGUAUUUUCUUGAAUAUAAUCAUGCCAAUCAUCAUUAUUUUUUUUUCUUUUCAAUUUUACUUGCUGAAAACUUUGAUCCUAUCUACCUAAAGCUUGGUGCUUGUGCAUUCUUUGUCACAAUUUUUUUCUUUAUGACAUGAUAGCGAUUUUGCUUAAAAGUGUUAGGUCUCUUUUAUUUAAUUAUGUAGCUAAUGGAUAUCACAGAAGAGAUGUCCAGUGAGUAAAGAAGAUUUAAAGAGAAAGGAUAACGACAACAUCUUUAGUAUCAUGAUAUCGCGGAGAAUUGUUUUGUGAAAAGUGGACAAACUCUUUGCUUAUGGGAAAAAGAUGCUAUAUCCUUGGAAGAUAUAUGGUUUACCUGAGUUGUUAUGCUGAAAAAUGGUAAGGAUAAAUUUGUUAGGACAUAAAUCACAAAUAUAAGAUUUAUUCUUUCUUAAAGAGUGGAAAUGGCAGGAACUGAAAUCUUGGGGCAGGCAGGGACUUCCUAAAGCAUGAAGUACAUAUGGAACACCAUGCCAGCUUGAAAUAUGAUGGUGUAUAUAUGGAGAGAAAGAAGUAAAGGAGUUAUUGAAGGAAAAAUCAAAAAAAAAAAAAAAAGAAGAAGAGUUUUUGAAGGAAAAAUCAGCAACACUGAAGAUUAAUUCUUACAACAGCUAUUCACUUUCCUUUGGUGAAAAUUAAAUUGGAUUUUGUAAAUGAAGAGGAAUUCCUACUACCGGUUAUAGAAUCACAAAGUAGCUAGAUAUGGAUCACUUCUUUUGAUUUUUUUUUUUUAGGAGAUAAUUUGGACUCAUAAUCUUUUCUGCUAUUCUAUCUAUAAGACAAUUUCCAUUUCAAAAAAAUAAAAGAAAGUUGAUAGUCCCGAGUGAUGGAUUUUCUACCAGAUAUUGUUCCUAAUUUUUCGGUCUCUAACAAUAUGUGGACUUGAGAUAAUAAGGGGCAUUGACACAUUUGUAUUCUAUAAAAUCAAAAUUGCUUCUCUAUAUUUGUAUACAAGUUGCAGAAGUAUGUAUCCCAGCUCUAUUAUCUUGCCCCUAAUUCGCUUUUACAACCUAUUUAUAUCACCCUAGCCACCUACCUAAAUAGUGGAAUACAUACAAAUUGUCGAAGACCUCAGUUUUUGCCCAUUUUUAUUAUAAGUUCUUUUGAUGAGAUAACUACUAUUCAGAGUUUAUUUUCUUUAUUUAGGUACUUCUGUCUGAUGCUAUAACUUUGCACCGAUUUUCUUGACUUUCAGAAAUUAGGUGUAAAGUUACAGCUUGCUUAUUUCUGUGGAUGGAAGACUUUUUCAUAUGCUUUGCUGCAAAAAAAUAUACCCUAAUGAAAACAAAUGAUCUCUAUAUAUUUUGAGCAAUCUUUUCUCUUCGCAUAACACACUCAUUCUAGAACUUGAUCACUUGUUUUUUAAUUGUUCUUUCCUUCCAAUGUUGUAAAUGAUCGCCAAGAGUAAUCUAAGAAAGGAAAACAACAAAGCAAAUCCCCGGAAAUAAAAAAUGAUUUCGUUGUAAUAAUGGCCGCAUAUAUACUGUUUGAAGAAAUGAUCAGUAAUAAAACAAUAUCAGCUACCAAUAUCAUAGGAAAAUGUUUAGUCUAUAAAUAGAUUGAUCAAUGAAAUGAGAAUAUAAAGUCUACAAUAUAUUACACAUGGUUCAUAUACAUUUGUUUCUAUUAUCUCUCUCCCAUUUUUUUUUUCUUUUUUCUGAAAUGAUCUGCGCAUUGCGCGGAUAUGUAUACUAUUUUUUUUAAAAAUAAAAUAUUAUGUGACAUGAUAUGUCAACUAGAAUCGAAGAACUAUUUUAUGUGUUUUAGCAUAUUAUGAGUAUAAUAGUGAUAAUUUGGGUGAUAUUCUAAUCCUAAUAAAAGUUAUAUUAAAAAGACAAUUCUAAAUACCUUCUAGAAAUUUUGCUCGCCGUCGUUGCCACUCUAGGCAACGUAAUAGAUUCCAAAAAAAAAAAAAAAAGUAAAAACUGGAAAAAGGACAAAUAGUAGUAGAUAUAAAUGUUUAAUUGAAAAAGAGUAGAUAGUCUCGAUUGCCUUGAUUUUCGUGAACCGCAAUCCAACUGCCAUUGUCAGCCCAUAGCUUGCUUGUAACCAUGUUUCGAUUCUCCAAAUUAUUGCUAUAACAUAACUCUGAUUCUUUUAAGCUCCCACUGGGGUUAGCAGACCCCCAAAUUAUCCUUCUUCUAAUGGGUCUUCCUGAAGUCGUCGAUGUUGCUCGCAAUUAUGCCGUCAUGGUCAGAAUUCAAGGCCCCGUAAGCCCCAAAAUUCAUAUAAGACAUUUCUGGGAAGACGACACUAUCAGCAUCUGGGAUGCUUUUGCCUAGUUCCUUUGUUAAUGCUUCGGUGUCUAAGCAGAUUCCGGGUGAAAACAAGUUGCAGUCUAUUGGAGGUCACUUCUUGGUUUUAACUGUUGCUUCUGUUAUUGAGCCAUUUGUUGUGCAACAGGAUAGAGGGAGCAUAUCAAAGGAUAAGCCCAAGCUGAUUCCUGGUGCUCAAAUUGAUAUACUGCGGGAGGGAGAAAAUAGAUUGCAGAAUGAUCUCAAAGUGACUAACAAGGAGGGUUUGAAUUGGCUACCUGCGGAACUCCUAAGAGUGGUUGACAUCCCUGUGUCAUCUGCUGCUGUCCAAUCCCUAAUUGAAGGUUCUUCUAGUUCAAUUGAACAUGGGUGGGAGGUUGGUUGGUCCCUAGCUGCCUAUGGAAAUGCCCAUCAAUCAUUUACUAACACUAAGCGCAGACAGGUUGAGCAAAUUUCCUUCCCAAGUCAAACUCCAAUGGUGGAGGCGCAGUCCAACCUUCCAAGUGUGAUAGGAACAUCGACUACAAGAAUUGCUCUUCUCAGAGUUCCCUCAAAGCCAUAUGAGGACCUGCCUACAUUAAAAGUCUCCCCCUGGAGUAGGAGAGGCGAUCUUCUUCUGGCUAUGGGUUCUCCUUUUGGCAUCUUGUCUCCCAGCCACUUUUCCAAUAGCAUAUCAGUUGGAUCCAUUGCAAACAGCUACCCACCUAGUGCGCUGAAUAAAGCUCUGUUGAUUGCUGACAUCCGUUGUCUCCCUGGAAUGGAAGGAAGCCCAGUGUUAGGGGAACAUGCAGAGCUUAUCGGUGUUCUGUCUCGGCCACUCAGACAAAGGGCUACUGCUGCUGAAAUUCAGAUGGUGAUUCCAUGGGAAGCUAUUACAUCUGCUUGUGGUAGCCUGCUUCAAGAAGAGCCAAAAACUAGGAGAGAGAUCCAUCUUAAUAAUGCAAACUUAGUCAGUGUUGAAAAGGAGUCACCCUCCAAUACUAUUCAGGAUGGACCCACCAAUGAUACUCAAGAGCAUCUCCCAACAGGUCCUGUUCCCCCAUCCUUGAUUGAGAAGGCAAUGGCAUCUAUCUGUCUUAUCACUGUUGAUGAUGGAGCUUGGGCUUCUGGAGUUUUGCUCAACAAGCAGGGUCUUCUUCUUACGAACGCUCAUCUUCUAGAGCCGUGGAGAUUUGGGAAAACAUCUGUAAACGGUUCUGGAUAUAACACCAAAUCUGAUGUAGUUUUCACACCGUCUAAUCAUGAGCAUCCAGGAGAUGAGAAAUUUGACAUUCACCAUAGGAAUAAACAUUUGUUUCAAAAGGAACUAAAAACUCCAAUGUUCUUUGCUGACAAUGAGCGAGGCAGUAGGACCAUUCGUGUUCGCUUGGAUUUUAUGGAUCCUUGGGUAUGGACAAAUGCAAAGGUAGUUCAUGUCUCCAGAGGACCUCUGGAUGUUGCACUACUACAACUUCAACUAGUUCCAGAUGAGCUCUGUCCCAUUACUGUGGACUUCACGUGCCCGUCCCCUGGAUCAAAAGCAUACAUUCUUGGACAUGGGCUAUUUGGACCACGAUGUGACUUCCUUCCAUCUGCUUGUGUGGGUGCAAUAGCUAAAGUAGUUGAAGCAAAUAGGCCUCUGCUCGAUCAAUCAUGUUUAGGAGGACAUUUUCCGGCAAUGCUUGAAACAACGGCUGCUGUACACCCUGGUGGUAGCGGUGGGGCUGUUGUUAAUUCAGAAGGACACAUGAUUGCCCUUGUAACAAGUAAUGCUAGACAUGGUGGAGGGACAGUCAUUCCACAUUUGAACUUCAGCAUUCCAUGUGGAGCUUUAAAGCCCAUCUUCAAGUUUGCUAAAGAUAUGCAGGAUCUAUCACCCUUAGAAUAUCUUGACAAACCAGAUGAACAGCUAUCUUCUGUGUGGGCAUUAACUCCACCUUUAUCUUCUAAGCAAAGUCCCUCUCUGCUUCAUCUACCAAUGCUUCCUCGAGGAGAUAGUAACGAUGAUGCAAAGGGUUCUAAGUUUGCAAAGUUUAUAGCUGACCAGGAGGCCAUGCUAAAGAGUGCAACUCAACUUGGCAAGGUUGAACGUCUUUCUAAUAAACUCGUGCAAAGUAAGUUAUGACAGUGUACCAUUAGUCUCACAAACAAGUCAGACAUAGCAACGAGGCACGACUGCGCUGAUGCCUCAACGACCACGACAACAAAGAUUCACCAAAGAGUCUUGAGUCAUAUGUAUACCAUAGAAGCAUCAUCCAAAGGUGGAUUAUAUACCAUGAUUCGUUGUUGUUACAAAUGAGGUUGCCUGAAUGUGCAACCAGGGAUGAAGAGGUAAAAGACACGAGCUUGUGAUGAAUAAUUGAAAUAGAUUAUAGCUCGACUUGUAUAAUAAACGUCAAUGCGUAUGAUGUUGAUGAUCUAUUCUUUUUUUUUUUUGUAAUUUUUUUUUGGUGAAGGGGUGUAUUUGCAAUGGUUAUGAGGUGGAGUCUUCUAUA